CCACAGGGACGCGAUGACAUCACUGGGUGAUAAAGGCUCUGUCCAGACACAGACCAAGGUCCUGUCCCAGGGCUGCUGGACGCAGGUCAGCUGUCCCUGCUGUGUGUCUGAGCAGGUGGAGCCCCUGGUCUACAUCAAGCUGUCAAACAACAUCGAGCCUGUCACCAAGAGGUGGCUCAUCUCCCUGAUUGAAGCCUCAAAGAGACACGGAGGUGAGAGGUCAUGUCGGAUAGGGUCAUCAGCUGAUCAGAUGUCUGACUGUACUUCAGUCUGUGUUGCUUGUUUUGUUCCAGCCGAGUACUAUUAACACAUCUGAUUCAGUUGAUUCCCCUGGGCUUGAUGGUUAGUUUAUUGAAUCAAGAGUUUCAAAGUAGUGUACCCACAUCCAGUGAAUACUUUAUGCAUCUGAGUUAAGCCUAACAAAGACUUUUGACUCAAAUGUUGCACAAUACAACUGCGGGGGCAUUCAUCAGUGCGCGGGUAUCUUAGUUUAUUAGUUAAAUUAGGUGUGUCAAUAAGAACUGGGCUGAAACAAAAGCAUGUACACCCUCUAAAAUCACUGCAGUAGAGGCAGGAGUACUGAAGUUGACCCUCUCUCCUCCUCCCUGGACUAGGAGCAGCUUUGCUGGCCCACCCUGGAGAGGAUGAGUGUGGGGAUGUGAUUGUGGUGUCUGCUCCUCGCUGCACCCUCCUCAAAGCCACAGAGGACCUGGGUCUGUGUAAGAAAUACCGCAAUGAAGAGAUGGUUGCGUUCGCCUACCACGACAGAGACAACUUCAGCAAUGUUGGUAAGAAUGUUUGUAAUGGUGAGUAGAGAGAUAUUAAUGGUAAUAGCAGUUAAUAACACAGGUAAUAACACCACUCACACAUGGACAAAGCUGUGGAUGCAAGGAUGUCUAUGGUGGUUUAUAUUGUUUGUCUAGAAAUACCCAAAUAAAAAAAAUUAAAAAAUUGACUAAUACAGUAUCAUACUUUGAGUUAUGAUUGAAUAAACAAUUGAACAGCAGGAAAACUGCAGUGUGGCUUUACUGAUUUGGAUAGCAUGUUACUCUGAAACCAUAGCUAGCCAGCUAAGUUAGCAACAACCCUGACAGUGAGCAUCUUAUUAUGUUGGGUUACAGAGUGCAACUAGCUUUCAAAAACGUUUUAAAAACUUUUGAUUAAGCUAGCUAGCUAGGCUAUGUAGCCCAAUGAAUCUCACCCAACAAUCUACAACUGAUUAAUCUUAGUUCAAAUAGAUUUAAUUAGCUAAAUUGUUAACAGAUUAUCACAAUAGCAUACGUGCUAUGAUAUCUUGCUAACUACAGUAGCUAGCAACCAACAGAGCACACUUAAGUGAGCAGUGUAGGAGAGUUGGCAAGCAAAUUUGCAAACUAAACAGGCUAGCUAGCUAGAAAUCUGACUAACUAGCUAGCUAGUAUUCUCUGAAAUCUCCGACCUAUGCUGGAACAUUGGUAACAUUGUGCAGACAACCUGUCGGUCUCUAGAGACUAGCUAGCUAAGCAGGCUAACGCGCCACACCUGCCAAUCGUCAUCCUUACCUCCAAGUGUUUCUUCAGGUUCGAAGUCGAGUCUCUGGAUGUCGACAGCAGCUUUACCAUGGGCAAACAUAGUUUGCUUUGAACUGUUACAUUCCUGCCCUUUUCUUCUUUGAACAAAAAUUGUUAUUUGAAACGCCAUCCAAAAACUGCAUUGCGUUGGCGCGCCAUACCUUUUUAUUUUGUGACCGUGUAUGUUGCUCAGGCAGGAAGAUCAAAGUAGCACUUUUUCAUUUAAUGACUGACGAUAAUAUGAAAGGUAAUUAAGUAAACAGGCAAUCGUUUCAUGGACAUUUGUUUUUCUGCAAACAUCCCUUCUAUAUUUGAAAGUAAUCCUAGAAGUAAUUAUCUACUUUUUCAAAAGUAUCGGUAAUCUGAUUACAAUAUUUUUGCUGGUAACGUAACGGAUUACAUGUAAUCCGUUACUCCCCAACCCUGGUGGUAGUAUAGCCCAAAUGACAUAUUAAAUGUAACAUAUAUGACAGUCUUGAUUGACGCCUGUCGUCUGUGUUACCAGAUGACAUGCAGGAGUUCCUGACAUUAGCGGAGCGUCAGUACAUAGUCAAGAUUGAGCUGGACUCUCUACAGGCCCAGAAGAAGCAGAGAAUCCCUGGAGUGCCAGAUGCUCCUGGGGUCCUGGAGGCCUGGGAGAACAUCUGUGAGUCUUUACGUGUGUGCGUGUGUGUGUGUGUGUGUUUAGGGACGUGAAUAGAGUGAAAUACUAUAAAUGGGGAUGUUGGGUGAUUCCUCACGAAACUAGAACAAAAAAGGACUAUGAUUUUGGGGAUAUUCAUGAAAUGUUAUCCAUAGAAGGGUCCUUCGGAGGAAGGAUUGUUGACAUAUACUUGACAUUUGUAUCUUAAAGCAUAAUUGAGAAAUUAUUAAUUGAAGUUGGAAUAUUUGUGACAUUUUGGCCUUACCCAGGCCUCCAUUAAGACUCCACAAUGUUGUGCUGCAAAGUAGGUGCUACGAGGUGCUACAAAGCAAAAGUUGGUAUCAUAUGAAGCUUUAUCACUUGCUCUGUAAUAUGAGUAGUAUUGUUUGUGCGCAUCUGUGCUAUUCUGCUUACCUCAGCAUGUUCUGUCCCAGAGCACCACCUCUGGUUGAUUAUUUAAGUGCUCUCUCCGGUCCUCUCUCACUGCUCUGUGAUCUACAUUUGUCUGAGAACUACAACACACUGUCCCUUAUGUAUGCUGCCCAAGCAUCUGGCUAUGUUACCUCCUGUAUGUGUAAUAAUGGUAGUUGUAUUGUACAGCUCCCUGACGUAGCCCAUCCGUCCUGUCUGUGCUGUAGGUCAGAAGCUGGAGAGGUUAGGAGUGAUAAAGGACAUCUUCCCUCUGCAUGACCAGCAGAGACUGAAUGACCUCGGCAGAAGUUGGUACUCUAAAAAGCAGAUAUGGAGACAGCCUCUCGGUAAACAACAACAACAUACAGUAAAGACAAAUAGAAAAUAGUUACAUACUGUAUACACACACACACUAGAGCUGGGAUGAUAAACCGAAAAAUUACAGACACCGACACUGCUUUCCUCUUACCGAAGCAUUUUGCUUACGUCUGUGAUUUUGCUACACAACGUUCCUGUAGAUUGUGCUAAAAACAUGAUUUGGUAACAGUAAUAGCAUAUGCAUUAUGUUGAUUCAUGCUGCCUGUCCCUGUUUUUCUGUUGGCUGAUAACUCUCAUUCCCAUCUCCCCACUGUGCGCACAGAGGGAGAGAUGCAUUCUGAGAAGCACAAGCAUAUGACCAUUGCUCAAAAUGCUAUUGUGAGAAAAAUACAGUUUUCAAAGGAACUAGCGUUGUUCUAGUUACAGAGAGGAGAGUUACAGCUUUCUGUGAGUAUAGAAUGUAUUUCUCACCUAUUAAUAUUGAGUUCAUGGCACCACUUUAUAACUGGAAUUGUAGCCUAGGCCUAGUGCUGGAACGUUUUUUGUAGGACAUUACUGAGCCUACAUUUACUUAGCCUACAUGGCUAUAUAGCAACAAUAUCAUAUUUAGAGUUAGCAGUCUAGCUAAGUGUUUAGAGUUCCCACUUCCUCAGGUGGUGAAUAAUACAGCCUAUAGGCCAGUAUGCACAAAGAUGUUGGCAAAUUCUCUGAAGAGCCAGAAACAAAUCUGAUAAUUAUGGAUCCUAUUUUGACAGGUUACACAUCAAAAUCUCAAUCAUGCAUUUCCUGGAUAUGUUCGAUGAAAUAGCUUACUUUUUUAAUCAUAGGCUACCAUCUCAGUUGUUUUACUUGGCACUGACAAAAAAUGAUCUAUAGCCCUACCACUAACGUAAAGUAACUGUCCAUUUACAUUUUCUUUAUUAUUGUUGUAUGUUGUUGUUAUUGGGCAAAAUAGUUACAUUUAUCGUGAUAUGACUUUUUGCCCAUAUCGCCUAGCUCUAGCACCUCCCGGAUGUUUUUUAUUGUCAUUUAUCGCUGAUUUAUCAUUAUCGCAAAAACUGGGUCAAUUUAUUGUGAUAUGGACUUACUCCUUUGUCCUACUAAUAAUCUCUCUCUUCCUGUGCAGAUGCAAUACAUUCAUAUUUUGGAGGCACUGUGGCGUUUUACUUCAGUUUUCUAGACUUCUACACCUGGGCCCUGGUGCCCCCUGCCUUCCUGGGCCUGGUCCUGACCUUUCUGCUGCCUGGAGGGGGUGGGGUGGUAAAGGAGCAGGCCGGGGAGGGGGUGAUGGAGGAAGACAACGAUGGCCCCUCGGUCAGCGGUCACAUGGUACAGGCUGUAUUCAGCAUGCUAUGGUCCACGCUGUUCAUUGAGUUGUGGAAGCGCCGGAGCUCCUCCCUCUCCCACCGCUGGGGCACACUGAACCUGGCAGAGCGCUUCUCAGAGCCCCGCCCUGGCUUCCACGGCACCCUGGGGUUCAACCCUGUGACAGGCCGUCUGGAGCCCCUAUUCCCGGAGUGGCAGAGGCAGCUGCGUGUGGGCCUGGUGUCGUUGCCCCUAGUAGGGCUGUUCCUGGGACUGGUGGUGCUGGGCAUGACAGGCUUCUACCACGGAGAGGCCCUGGUACAGGGCUUCCAUCAGGACAGUGGCUCCCUGUUCUCUGGAGCUCUGCUCUACCUGCCCUCCAUGGCCCACAUUGUCUACACCAACAUGCUGGGGAAUGUGUACCACACUGUGGCCAUGCAACUGACCGAGUGGGGUGAGAGAGGGCACUGGGCAUUGGGGAGGGAGAUGGGUUAGAUAGGGAAGAGAUGAUAGAGAAGGGGUUAGAGAAGAGGGAGAGAGAAAAUGUGUUCACCAAAGAGCAGAGAGUCAUAGAAUAAUAGUGAAUGCAAUUGGAUUCAAAGUAUCACAAUUUAUUUGUGAUAAAUCCACUGAAAAUCAGUCUUAUUUCCCCUCAUAGAAAACCACAGAGAGGAGUCCUCCUUCCAGAACCAGCAUACCACCAAAGUCCUCCUGGUCAGUCAGUCUUCCUUCCCCAUCUGUCAGUAGUACUCCUCCUCCUCCUCCUCCUCCUCCUCCGAGAAAGGUACUCUAGCUGUUAAAAGCGUUGGGCCAGUAAACAAAAGGUAGCUGGAUCGAAUCCCAGAGCCGACUAAGUGAUAGAUCUGUUGAUGUGCCCUUGAGCAAGGCAUUUAACCCUAAUUGCUCCUAUAAGUUGCUCUGGAUAAGAGCAUCUGCUAAAUGACACAUGUAAAAAAUGAUGCAGAGCUAAAUGUAUUGUGAUACAGGUAAGUGUACUGUGCAGAUAGUAUCAGCUGUUUAUGUAUAAGCAGAUCUGGGAGGCAAAUCAGAUACAGUAACACAGGAUUCGUAUUCAUGCCUCCAGAGAUAUUACUUGAAGCCAAAAUCUCCCUCUCUCAUUUUCAGUUUACUUUCUUCAACAACUUUGCUGUGCUAUUCCACAUUGCCUUCUACAAACAGGACCUACCACUACUACGCAAGGUAAGCGAUUUCAGCUGGGCAGCACAGUUUGUCUAUGAGUGGCCAGAGGAAAUGUUAUACAAUAUGGAACUACCUCAUUUUAAAGGGUAGAUAGAUCUAAAAUAGAUUUAUUGAGCUCUACAACAGAACAGAUCAUGUUCUCUCUGUGCGCUGUAUGUGUAAUUGACUUCACAGAGAGAUUGUGUGUGUGUGUGUGUGUGUGUAUAUACAGUAUGUAACUAUUUAUGUUUGUUUACUAUCAAUUUUUGCACACAGAGGCUUGCCUCUCUGCUAAUUUGGAACCAGCUGGUGAACCAGUUUACAGAGGUUGUGGUGCCGUUUAUAGUCGACCGCUUCCUCAGUGCUCCCCAUAAGAAAGAGCAGGAGGACAACCUAGAGGUGGACAAACUCAGAGCUCAGAGAAGCCUUCCACCCUUUCCAGUAAGUCCUUGUAAAAUGUGUUUGUCUGUUUUGUUUUUCUCUGUUUCGCUUCAUUGUUCAUUCCUCGUCUGCCUUGAUUUCUUUGUAUCUGUGCUUUAGGGGGUAGAAUCAAGGUUGGGUGUAUUUGCAUAUGUUCUGUAUGUUGGGUGUCUAUUUGUUUUGGUGUUAUUGCGUCUGUUGCUACGUUUCAGGGCCUGUUUGCGGAGUACAUUGAGUUGCUGCUGCAGUUUGGGUAUUUGAGUCUGUUCUCCUGUGUGUACCCGCUCACCGCCGUCCUCCUGCUCCUCAACAACAUCACAGAGAUCCGAGGGGAUGGCUACAAGAUCUGCAAACUGUUCCGGAAGCCGUUCUCUGCCCCAGUGUCCAACAUUGGGGUGUGGCAGGUUAGGAGGGUUUUGGGCGAGGGAAUGUGAGAAUUUGAACAGAGAGGGCAUUUUUACAGCAGAUAGAAAUGUGUUCUGUAGCUAAAUCUGGUAAAUAAAUAGAUGUAAGCAGCAUGUAGUGGAUAAUGUAAUUUUCUAAUCAGUGCCCAUCUAUGUCACUGUGUACAUUUGCAUGUAUUUGCUUGUGUCCUUGUAUGUUCCUGUAACCAUAUUUCUGUAUGCCUGUGUAUGUUUCAGACAGCGUUUGAGGUUCUGGGCUUUGCCUCAGUCAUGUCUAACUGCUGGCUGCUGCUGCUGUCCCCUCGCGUCCAGGAGUUCUGUCUGGAGGGAGGGAUCAGCGGCAAGAACAUCAUACUCUUCGCCAUCCUGGUUGAGGUACAGUAUGAGGGAGGGGGUGUAGGUUUGGGGAGCUUUCCUGGUGGAGGUACAGUAUCUUGUUCAUAACAGUACAGUAUAUGUUUCAUCGCAGUUGUCAUCAUCUGCCCAACCAACAUAGGUGAGGGCAGCAGGUGUCAUAGAAAUAUUUGACUCAAAAGUAGUCAACUCAAAAAUAUUUCUCAAGAGACUGGAGCUUGUGAAUCUAAAAAUUAGACUUUUAUUAUUUGCAUAACAAAGCCGAGCUUGCUCCAUGGAGCAACUGCUUGCCCUGAACCGGAGCUGUCCUUUUAUACAGACACAAAUGCAUAGUCAACAUACAUAGUUACUCCUCUCUAAGUGAAUGAAUAACAUCUUUUCAUUAUCACAUGUUGGCUACUCACGGGGGCUACUUGCGCUUCUCUAAAUGGGUCCUCUGUAUCUUAUUAGUGGCGUGACUCAAAAUAUUAUGUACAUACGUACAUUAAAGAACAAUCACACUCUGUAUUGACUAUAUUCACUAUCCAGACAUAUAUCUGAAGUACAAAGUAUCCAUCAUGUUCAUUCUGUUUUACCUUUAUCAUUUCAUAACACAUUAUAAAACAUAUCAAUUAAUACUUAAACAUGGUUUAAACAAGUCAUCCAUAACCCAUUCUCAACCACAUACAUUUAAGCAUUUAUAAUUUACCAUCCUCCCUGGCCCUUGAGAUUAUGUGCAUGUGGCUAUGUGUCAGGUCAUAAGCACAAACAAAUGAUAACACUAGUUCCAUUGUUACUCCAAUCUCCACACAGACACCACGAGGAGUUGUAUCUCCAUCACAUGUCAUUGACAUACCCAGACCAGCUACAGGGAGUUUAUGAAAAGCACAGAAAUGUCUCUGCUCUGUCUCAACCCUUCAACUGGUUCUCAAUCCAUAAGCAUUUAAGGUAUAUAGGUGUUUCAUUCUACCAUACAGGUAGCCUAGCGGUUAAGAGCGUUGGGCCAGUAACCGAAAGGUCGCUGGUUUGAAUCCCAGAGCGGACUAGGUGGAAAAUCUGUUGAUGUGCUCUUGAGCAAGGCACUUAACCCUAGUUGCUCUGGAUAAGAGCGUCUGCUAAAUGACUAAAAUGUGUGUGUUUGUUUAUCAGCAUGUCCUGAUCCUGGUCAAGAUGAUUCUAGCCUUCAUGAUCCCAGAUGAGCCUGACUGGGUCAGAAUCAAGAGGGAACAAAUCGAGUUUAACUCUAUGCAAGCUCUAGGGCAGCAGGUAAGAAUGAUCUAAUCACUAAUAAUAUAGAAAAGCCCUGCCAGUUACUGGAACAAUCAGGUAUCUGACAAUCAAACAUCUCCUUUUGACUCUUACAGAAGCUAUGAAGGCUAUGGAGCCCCUGUGGGAGAGUCUGAGUGUCCUGUUGCCCUUCAAGUGUUGGUCUGGACUAGGGGGCUCAUUAGAAUCAGUUGCCAUGACGAGGGUAGAGAGGAGGAUAUAAAGACACAUAUACCCUGGAAACAGCCAGUCUGAGAAGCUCUCUCAGCAUCUCCCUCUCGAGGACUCCCUCUACAGGCAUAAAUACAGUUCAGAAAGGAAACACCAGGUAUUCGUUUAACCAUUUAAUAGAACAGAUUAACAAUACAUUAGGUCUUGGCAAUAGGCUCUGCUCCUUCAGGGUAGCUCACUGCCAGAGCAAAGUGUCAACAUAUAUUAAAGUAACUACAGGUGUGCUAUACCAAUCCACCUGCAGGAAGGAAAACAGAACCAAACAGGUGGAGGUUGGGGUGGUGGUGGUUUGGGUGGUGGUGGGCAGCAAGAAAAACAAACGCAAACUAGCAGUAGCAGCAAGCGGCAGCAGAGGAUGUCUGAGCAGAACCUGGUCAGCUGAAAUAGAUCGCCAUAUUAAGGUAGAAAGCGUUGUUAGCAUCUGAUUGGUACAAUCUUUGCUGAUGCAUCAGCUGAUGCAGACACUCGGGUUUUCCUUCUGAACCGGCUUUGCUUUAUAAGUCAUGGGAGAUACUAGAGGCAGGGGCCAGGGACUGAAGGGAAACCCAAUGAAGAGCUAGGAGUUUUGUUCUUUGUGUUAAUGUAGCUUUGCAGCUUCAGGUGUCUGAGAUUUCUUGAAAUACUGGGUAGCUUUGGACUUUGUGUGGGGCACAUACUAUGCAAGUAUUUAAUUUGCUCUAUAAUUACAUAAGUGCAAUUGUAUUUUUUUACAUUUUCGCCACAGUGGUUUACGUACUUUCACAUCAUGAGUGUUACAUUGUACGCUUCAGGCACAUUACAAACCUACUAAGAUCACAUGAUAAAUUACUUGAAGAUUUUACAAAAAACAUAAGGAUUAAUGAUUAACUUGAUUUUGGAAUAUAUACUAUUUUCAUAUGUAUCUUUUAAAAUGGAAGAUUUAGAAGAGAUGCUGUGUUGGAUGAAUGUAGAUGGUUGUGUUCAGCCAAAUAAACUAAACAGCCAAAUCAUCACAAAACUGUAGGCUACUUCUCUUUCUUGCUCUAGUC